AUGGAUAUAAAAUUAAAACUGGAAUUAAAUUUACAACAAAUGGCAUUAAUUCGAGUAGCUGCAAAUAUAUGGCUAAGUCGACCAAUGAUUGCUAAAUCAAGUGAUUUUGUCGGGUUUGAUUACAUGAAAUUAGGGUCUACCUUUGAUGAUAAAAUCAAGCCAAAAUUUAGAGAAUCGCUUAUUGAUAUAUUUGAACAAGUUGAUUCAAUGAAACUACCUGUUGCAAUAAAAAAAAAUUUACUGCAAAUUAUGAAACCAGUUGGAGAAAAUUUAUUGGAUUAUUUUAGACGUGCAUCUGAAAAAUGGGAUAAUCCAUUUAUAGGUGAACACUUUCCUACAAUUGAAAAAUUUUGUAAAUACAUUGAAUUUGAUUGUUUUGGUAAAGUAGAUGAAGUAAAAACAUUUUUAAAUAUUUACAAUGCUAAUGAUAAAAAUUUUAGUUUGCCAUUUUUUUUUUAUGAAGCAUGUACAUAUUGCCUUGAGGAUAUUAUUUACAGUGUAUGGAACAAGUGUUCAGAAGCAAUAAAAUUUGCAAUUAAAUUGACACUUAGUACUGCUGAAAAAAUGCUUUUCCAUGUGGAAUAUUGGAUGCAAUUUGUUGAUAAAAAUCAAUCGUGGUUUACAACUAAAGCUACUGAAAUAGAUGCACUUGAAUACUGUGUUGAAAGAGCCAACACUGUAGGUGUUAAAUAUUUCAUUAACAAACUCAGUCAAGAUGAUAAAAAUAUGGUAAUUGUACCACUUGCUCAAAGACUAUUGAAACGAGGAAUUGGCGGAUAUAUGUUUGAUCUAUUUCCAAGUCGAAAUCUAAAACAGCACACUUGUAAUUUAUUUUCUCUUUUGGCACACAUGACAGAAAACGACAAAGUAAAAUUUUUCUUUUUUAAUAAACAAAGAAUAAUAUUUGCUAUUGGAUUUGAAUUAUUUUAA